AGCGGCUCCUGCUGCAAUUGGGCUCUGAGGGAUCUGCGGGCUGAACGUUGAGUUCUUCGGUUAAGGUGAAUUCCAGAAAUCGUGUCCAGUGAAGAGGGAUGAAACUGUCUCUCCAGUAGCAGGGUGAAACAGCUGUGCAACGCGAGCUCUCCCUCACCUCCCGCACAUCAGUGCUGUCAUCAUGGACCUCAGCAGCAGAUGAGUCUUGUGGAUUCCUUUGGACGCCUCCCAUGGAAGGUGCAAUUCCUUAAAAAGAAAACCAAAACCAAAAAACCACCCACUUCCCACUGCAGAUGAGCCCAAAGUGAGCUGUAAGGGGCUGGUUGCUCUGAACCUGAAGUGUUAAUAAUGCUGAGAAAAUGAUUAAAAAUGGAUGUUGCCAGCCAAGCUUCGAUUAAGAAAGAGUGCAUGAAAAUUUGGUCACUUCUGCGCAGUGGGAAGUUUUCCUGUCCCACCACCAAGGAGCCCUUCAGCAGCUCAGGUGCCAAAGGAGACCUCAACAAGUGCCUGAUGUGCCAAAGGCUGCUGGAAAGAGACUCAAAAAACAAAGGGAGUGGUGGAGAGGCGAACAGGAAUGUGAACUCCUCGGGAGAGGAUGACUGCCGAGAGUUUCGGGACCUCUUCAAGAAAGGGAAACUUUCCUGCACCAGAGAAAAUGACCCUGUCCGGGAUUCCUCUGGGAAGCAACACAGCAAUAAGUGCAUCAUGUGUGCAGAGAAGUUCAAAAGAGAGAACGAGCAGAAGUUAUCUAAAAACAGACAAGGAAAAGAUAAGGAUGACUGCAGCGAGUUUCGCUCCCAGUUUGAAGCUGGCGGACGACUGUCCUGCACGAGGGAGAAUGACCCUGUCCGGGAUUCCUCCGGCAAGCAGCACACCAACAAAUGUCUCAUGUGCGCUGAGAAGUUCAAAAAGGAAGCCCAAAGAGGAGGUCAGUCUGGUGGAACCGCCCAGCGCAACAAACCGCUUCACUUCAGAUCGUAUGAAGCAGAACAACUGUGCUGGUUCAGGGUCGCGGCAGGGCGCGAAUGAGAGACGUCCCUUCUCGUCCGGCAGAGGCCCGCAAGGAAACGUGGCUCAGAGCGGUAGGAACUGCAACCCUGGCCGCAAGACGCAGAACAGAGACACCAACGCCCACCAGCUGCUGGACUGUGAUCGAAUUCUGCACGGGGU